AUGAACACUCUCACCAAUCACGCCACAUGUACGAUCAUUUUCUGCUUCGUUGGGGCCGUGAUCUGUUUUAUCUUCGCUCUCCUGCGAACACUACAUAAGGUAUCCUAUAUGGCAGUCUUUGCGUCCAUAUCAAUUCUGACCGCGAUAAUUGUCACUAUAGUUGCCGUCGGGAUCGAAGCCCCUUAUCCCCACGCCUAUGCCACCAUAGAACCACCCCUGAUCUCCGGCUUCGGCGCCACGCUAAACAUCAUCGUCUCCCUGUCCGGCCACAUCGCCUUCUUCAGCUUCCAGUCGGAGCUGGCCAACCAGCGCGAAUAUCCUAAGGCCCUCUUCAUGCUCCAAGGCACCGACACGCUUCUAUACCUAAUCGUCGCCGUGGUGAUUUGUCGCUAA